UCCAGCAGUAUGACUUUUUUUGCGUGUCGUACUUAUUUCGCGUAGUCGUUGCUCUCAUCACUUGCUUUACUUUCCCUUUUUUAUUUUUUUAUAAGAUCUUUUCAGUUGCAGGGCAAAUAAUAUUUCAAAACUUAUUUCCGGUUUCGUGGAAUCAUGAGUAUUUUUAUUUUUACCCUGCUCAUCUUCUUUGCUUUUAUUGUCAUUCUUAAUUCUGUUGAGGUUAGCGUGCAUCUGAACAUUGGGAACAAAAAAGAUAUUGUCGGAGGGAACCAGACUGAUGUAAAGAAAGUACCUUAUAUUGCAUCUAUUACUCAUGGCGGAAACUACAUAUGUGGGGCUGUUAUAAUAGACCAGUACUGGAUCAUAACUGCUGAACAUUGUCUUGAUUUUGAAACUGGAUAUACGGUACGAACAGGAACUUCCUUUAAAAAUUCUGGUGGAGAGGAAUACAAAGUUGAAAAAUUGAUCAAAUUUCCACCUAGCAAAAAGAUUUCUGGUCAAGAAGACACAGGAUACGAUGAUGAUUUUGCUUUACUAAAGUUAGAAAAACCAAUCAAUUUGAAAAAUACCCAGAAACCUAUUCCGUUAGCGAAACCUGGCGAUACAUUGGAAGUUGGGAGAAAAAUUCAGGUUUCAGGAUUUGGAGCAACAAAUGAAAAUGGAGAGGCUUCGACAGUCCUUAGAACUGCUUUUGUGCCUAUAAUAGAUCAAAAUGAAUGCAAAAAACUAUAUUCAUACGAUCCUCCAUCUGAUCGAUCAUUUUGUGCUGGAUACGUAAAAUCUGGAGGAAUUGAUAGUUGUUUCGGUGACUCUGGUGGUCCAGCAGUUCUGGAUGGAAAACUGGUAGGAAUUGUUAUCGGCGGUGCUGGAUGUGCCAGACCUGGUUCUCCUGGUGUCUACAUGAGAGUAUCAGCUUUCAAUAGCUGGGUAGCACAGACUACUGGCCUUUCUAACAUUUAAACGAAAUCUACAUUUAUUUCAAAUUCAAUUAAUGGUUCAUGUUUAAAUUUUUAUCUUGUCUGGUUAUAUUCUUAACGAUUUAAUGUAUUUUGAGAAAAAAUGAAUAAAUGCAGAAUAUACCUUCCCAAAUAA